AUGUCCUUCGCAGACCUGCGCAACGAGGAAACGACGCCUAUCAACUUCACAAAGUCGAUCAACCUUGCUCUGUCUGAACGUGGAAUCAACGCGCUUCGGUCGGCUGGAAACACCCAUCUGCUGGAUAAGAUCCUGGAUCGGACGAUCCCCAUGCACGGCCGGAUGAUCCAUGCCCGCACCGCCACUGGCGCCCUGUCCCAGCAGUCCCAAGCAUAUGAUGUUCAUGGCCGCUUCCAACGCUCUGUUGACCGUGGAGAGCUCAACAAAGUCUUGCUCGACCACCUGGAUUCCUUGCCUAAUGUCACAUUCUUCUUUCAGCACAAGAUGACGGGCGCUGACUUCCGGAACAAGAAGGCAUGGUUUGAGGUCAUGGACAAAGACAGCACCAGUGCCUCCGGACGGGCAAGGGAGAUUGAGGUCUCUUUCGACUUGUGUAUUGGCGCUGACGGUGCACACUCUGCUACUAGGCACCACAUGAUGAAGUAUGCUCGGAUGGAUUACCAGCAAGAGUACAUCGACUGCUUGUGGUGUGAGUUCAAGAUGCCACCAUCCAAGACAGGCGACUUCGCAAUCUCUCCAAACCAUCUGCACAUUUGGCCGGCCGGCAGCUUUAUGUUCAUCGCUCUCCCAAACCUCGACAAGUCCUUCGUAUGCACGCUGUUUGGGCCUGUGGAGCUGUUCUCCAAGCUUGAGAAUGGGUUUGACGCGGAUCUGGUGUCGACGUUCGACAGGUACUUCCCCGGCGUGACGACGUAUAUCCCACCUGCCGACCUGGUGGCGCAGUUCAAGCGCAAUCAACACCUUCCCCUGAUCAACAUCAAAUGCUCGCCCCAUCAUUUCGGAGACAGUGUCGUGAUAGUAGGAGAUGCCGCGAAUGCGAUGGUUCCUUUUUACGGCCAAGGGAUGAACGCAGGAUUGGAAUCCGUACGGGUGUUGUUCUCGAAGUUGGACAGUACUCUGAACAGGGAGGAAGCUCUGGCCAGCUACACGGCAGAGCGCACAGAAGAUGCUCAUGUCAUUGCAGAUUUAGCUCUGGCAAAUUACAUUGAGAUGCGAUCGUCGGUCACCUCGCCUUGGUACAAGUGGCGCAAGUGGAUCGAAGAGCGGCUCGACAAAUAUGUGCCUAGCUGGGGCUGGGCAACCCAGUACUCCAGAGUCAGCUUCAGCAACAUGCGAUACAGCGAUGUGAUCAAGAAGUCGAAAAGCCAGAAGCGCACACUCACCGUCCUGUUGCUGGUCACCGCUGCGGCUGGUGCUACGUUGCCGGUCGCUGGCAUCUGGUGGUGGUGGCCAUUACUCGGGCUGAGGUUCCGACAACUUCAAAAGGCAUUCAGCAUCACCCGUGCCGGGCGCUGA